UUAGCCAUGUAUAUUCAAGGUCAACUAUAUGAAGCCAUAUAUGCAGAUAUCCUCAGUUUAAAUCCAUAUUUCAUUUAUCCUGCAUAUAAUUUAUUCCAAUUUCAGCUUUAUAAAACGUUAAAAAAGUUAAUAUUUAAACAUUUUUAAGAAAAGUUAUUUUUUCUCAAAAAAUUGAUGUUCUAUGACUCUGUUAGUGUUACAGGCGACUAGUUGUAACUCUCAAAGACGGCCCUAUUUAAGCGAUUCUUCGAGAGAAAUAUUCAAUAUGGUGGUGAGACAGGGGACUAUAGAAUCUACAGCAACCAUUGAGUCAGAUUCUUUACCAGAAGAAGAAAUUAAUAGCCCGGUUGUCACUACUGGAAACUCUGUCGAUUGGUCUGUAUCUGCUAAACCUGAUGUUCAUCUCUUUAUACCAUCAACUAGUGGAGAGGAGGCCUGCCAGCUAGGACAGGAUUGCCAGAACACGAAGGGGAUGAGAAUGAAAUGUACAGUUUGUAAAAUUGUGACUCAUGAUGGAUGUCAUACACGAGCACAGGAACAAAUACCAGGGUUUAAUCAACAUGUCAAUCCAGAGCAUCAGGAAAAAGAUCUUGUCUGUGCUCUAGGGAUACACUCUGGGCUUAUUGUUCCUCCUAAUUGGCUAAUUAAGCUUCCUAAGAAAGGAUAUGUCGAGUCUAGCUGGGGUAAGGUUAACCCUGAAAAAAUAGAGAAGACGGAUUAUGACAAGAAUUUUAUUGUAAAACCGGUUCCUGUCUCCAACUGCCAUCCUCUAAUUGUGUUCCUAAAUCCUAAAUCUGGCGGGAACCAGGGAGCUAAACUCAUGCAAAGGUUUCAAAGUCUGUUGAAUCCUCGGCAGGUGUUUGAUCUGACCCAAGGAGGGCCUGGACCUGCCAUUGAAAUGUUUAAAAACGUCCCAGGUAUUCGAUUCCUGGCUUGUGGAGGAGAUGGUACUGCUGGAUGGGUUCUGUCUGUUCUUGAUAAAAUAACAAUUAAUCCUUCUCCUCCAGUUGGUGUACUACCAUUGGGGACAGGGAAUGAUCUGUCCAGAAGUCUGGGAUGGGGAGGAGGAUACAUGGAUGAAUCUAUCAGUGACAUAUUGAUUGGCCUUCAAUCUGCAGAUACCAUAGCCAUGGAUCGGUGGAGUCUUCUUGUAACACCAAACAAGGAAAUUGAGCCUACAGAGGAGAAGGGAGUAGACAUACCUCCAUUAAAUGUUGUGAAUAACUAUUUCAGCAUGGGUGUUGAUGCGCAGAUAGCUCUUCAGUUUCAUGAGGCCAGAGAAGCACAUCCAGAGAAGUUUAAUUCAAGAAUAAAGAACAAAAUAUAUUAUGGACAGGCUGGUGGAAAAGAUCUUUUAGUUGCUAAAUGGAAGAAGUUAACUGAAUUUGUGACGCUGGAGUGUGAUGGUAAAGAUAUGACUGCAAAGUUGAAGGAGAUGAAAAUACAUAGUCUGCUGUUCCUAAAUGUUCCAUGUUUUGGAUCUGGAACAAGGCCGUGGAACCGAGCUCAUGGAGUACAGAAGCUUGAUGAUGGUCUAAUUGAGGUGAUUGGGCUUACAACAUAUCAACUGCCUCUCUUACAAGCAGGUGGACAUGGACAAUGUAUUACACAGUGCAAAACAGCCAAGCUUACCACAAACAAGACUAUUCCUGUUCAAGUUGACGGAGAAGCAGUUCGGCUUAAUCCCUGCACUAUAGAGAUCUCCUUGCUGAACAAAGCCAAGAUGUUGGCUAAACGUAAAUCUAGUAAGGGAGGAGGAACUUUGGAGAAUGAAGAAGAAAACCAAACAGUUGAAGUGUGUGUGGUGAGUAAAGAUGUAUAUAUUGAUCUCUGUAUGGAUAAAGCAAAACUGCUUGCUGCUGCUAAACCAAUCGGAAAUAUAACUGUGGAUGUAGGAUCUGACCUGAAGAAGGUUAGAAGUAUGGUGAACAAGCUUCAAGAUAAGAUAAUGAAGAAAGGUGGCUCUAGUCCUAAUAUUAAGGGAUCAGAGUGGUCGUUCAUUGAUUUCAUCUCAGCUAGAAACUGUUUCAGAAUUGACCGAAGUAAUGAGUGCUUGCAUUUCUUGAUUGAUGUGUGUGAGAACCAGCUUAUAAUAUAUGAUAAUGAAAUCUCUUCAGCAGUAAUAUCGGCUCCAGAGAAAAGUAAGUCUGGGUUGAGUACGCCUGUGGCACCUGGUUCUCGUUCCACUACUGCCUCACCUUGUAAACCUGCCUCAGCCAAUCAGAGGAAGGAUUCUGGUCCCGCCAAUCAGAGAGCAGUAACCCCUGUCCCAAUUCAGGAGAGUACUAGUUUCCAUCUAACUGUACCAAUUCUUCGUGAAGGGUGCAGUAUUUUAGAGAAAACAUCAGAGGGGGUUUUAAAGGCGGCAAGGCUAGGAGAUCUAGACAUGCUGAAGGAUUUACAACAGGAGGGAUAUUCUUUAUUGUCAAUUGAUGAAACAGCAAAAACAGCUCUUCACUACGGUUCCAGGUUUGGACAUAAAGAAGUUAUUAGAUUUCUACUGCAGAAAUCUCCUUCCUGUAUUGUGGAUAUGACAGAUAAUGAAAAGGGUCAGACUGCUCUUCAUAAAGCAGCUGCUUAUAAACGUCGAGAUAUCUGCUGUAUGCUGAUAGCUGCUGGAGCUAGUCUAGUAAUACAGGAUAAGGACGGAAAGACUCCAAGUCAGUUGGUUGAACACGAGGAUACAGAGCUCUUCUCCUACCUGGAGUCCCAACGACAGUUUCAGGUUUAAAAUCUUAUUUUCAAA